AUGACAUUCUGCAAUUGCCGCAUGAGGCGAUUAAGCAUAACCGGACUCAGGUUCCGAACGAAUCAAUCAUCGCAGAGGCAACCUGUAUCCUACGCGCUAAGUAGCCUGUUUAGAGUGCCUAAAACUAGCUUCCGUGCAAACGCCUGCUACCCCCAAAAAAGAAAAGGUUCUGGAAACUUACUCAGAAGAGUCGACCAUGCCUUAUGUCGACAUUUGGGGGUCACUUAUAUUUCGAACAAUACGACAAGGAGCAGUAACCCCCCCUCGAGCGGUGCGCGCCAACUUCAAGCUUCCGAUACCUCGUUUCGUCUUGCCCCAGCUCAGCGCUAUAUUCAUCACCACGAGGGAUAUUUGCGAAUGGCCAAGGGUGCUGGAGCCUAUCCCUCUAUAGCUCAGUGCCCGGCCGAUGGUACGGCCAACGUUCGACACGGGCCUCUUCACUUUGGAGAAAUAGCGUAUAAUCCCAGGCAAUUGAAGCGAGUAUGCCUUCACCCCGCAGAGCAUCGACUUAUUACGUUUAAAUAUCCACUUAAGCCCACUGAAUAA